AUGCUGCAGAAGGUCAGUCAUCCUCAAUCUGCAGCCGUGAGGUCACUGACUACGGAAUGUAAAUGAGAUGUCAAAGGUCAACAGUUAUCACACACUGGUCUGACAUCAGCUAGGUGGUAAAUGUUUCCCAUUCCUGAGACCCUCAGUUGCCUGUUUAGCAUUAUUCUUCUCUGGCCUAGCUAGCCGUUAGCACACCAGAGGAGAAAUCCCAUUCGUACACAUUAGCCAAAUGUGCUACAAUUCUGUUCAUCAUUACCCUUGUGUAGUGAAUGCGGACUAACUGAUCCAACUGAUCUUUCACUUGACUUGACAAAAAUGUCUCUGAGUUGAUGUCUGGUGUGUACUUUUUGACAUUGAAUCAAGAGCUAAGACAGACCGUGGUAAGUUUAGAAUGGCUAUUAGCUUGUAUGCUAUUAGCCUCUGCCGAGUACCAAACAACUGGAUGUUCCGGUCUUCAGGGGAAAUGGAAAGACGCGACUUCCGCUUUUGGAAGUUAACAAGGCGACACUCCAUCGUAACUCCUCCUCCACAUUUACUGGAUUGGUUGAACAGUGCAGAAGAUAACCUCCUCUGACAGUCUUCUCGUCAGGAACAGUAUGUAGGGGAUCUAGUUUCAGGCGUUUAUUUUACGCCUGCUACGUUCGGUUAGGUUGGACAAGGACUUCAUACAACAUGAAGGCCAGAGGGGCAGGGUAGUUAGAGUCAGUGGGGUUCGUUGAAGUAGGUUUUGUUGCAUUAGAAAUGAGAAGUGUGGUUUGUUUACACACCCAAAGCCACUUCCUUUGUCGUGUGCUGUUGGUUGGAAGACAGAGGAGAAAGCUUGCAGUGAGAUGCCCAUGUUCCUUUGCUGCCAUGAUCACAUGAGUAGAUUUGCAACCAAAUGCCUUUUGAAUCAACGUCUUUGUUUUGGGUUUGUUUUCCCCCUCAACAUUCUUUAAUCAACCACAAUAGUCUGUAAUUGAAUUUGAAAUAAACAUACUUGAGUAGCUUGGGUCUAACUAGAGGCAUUCAAAUAGAGUGCUCUGGUAUAGUUUUGCCAACAUAGAGAUACAGAUAACAAACUAAUUGUAUCUCUUUGGUUGCCAAAAGAUGAGCCAGCCAGGUGCCAUGCCAAGCCACCGCCCUCUCUUUGUCUGUCCUUUCAUUCACCGGCAGAAUCUGGUGUGUUGCCUAGCGCAAAAAUAUUUAUCCAAAAGGAGGGCAGCGUGACUCGUUAGCCCACUUUCCGCCCCUGGGUGUAUGUGACCUCACUUUCCCCUCCCUACUUCCUCCCAACCCGUCUGGGGGGACUUGUUCCAAUACUUUACUGAUAAAUCCUUCCCUCCUUUCCUUCCUUCAUUUAAGGUUCAUUACUGAUUAUCACUUACUGGUGAAAACACCAGGCUGCAACCAUGAUAUCACAUAUCUAAUCACGUACAGUUUAAAUCAGGGAUUGCCUCAAACCCAGCUCGCUAAGGCCUUUAGUUUUGACAAGGUCAACACAACUGUGCUCCCACAAGACACACUCUUAGAAAAAAGUGUUCCAAAAGGGUUCUUUGUAUGUCCCCAUAGGAGAACCCUUUUUGGUUCCAGGUAGAACUAUUUUGGGUUCCAUGUAGAACCCUCUGUGGAAAGGGUGGAACCAAAAAGGGUUCUUCAAAGGGUUCUCCUAUGGGGACAGCCGAAGAACCCUUUUAGGUUCUAGAUAGCAUAUUUUUUUUCUAAGAGUGCAUAGAGGAAGUAAUGUUGUCAGAGUGAACAACAGUAAUCACUCCAAGGAAUGUUGAAUGGCAAAAUAAAGUUAAUCUGAAUAGUAUAAGUAGUAUACUAUUAGUAUAGGACAGUAUUUUACUAGUAAGAAUUUAGGAUACAGUUUGACUAGUAAGAUCUCAACCUCUGUCAUUCUUUCUCUCGCUCUCUCCAUCUGUCUCUCGCUCUGUCUCUUUCUCCCAUUCCUAUCAUCUCUGUGUAACAGUAGAAUCAUUUUAAACUGGCUUGACUGGUUGGUUCAAUCUAAACAUCUUAAAGAUACUUAGCAGGGUAUGAGACACUCACACACAUUGUUGGGAAUCAUAGCAUAAUAAAUACAGUAUGCUGUGCUGUAACUCUGGGACAUAGGGAGAAUCUCAAAACACAUACUCCUCGUGUCCUCUCUCCUCGCCUCCUUCUCAAAACCCAUUGGAUAAGAAAGCCAGAGGUCAAAUCUAAGGUCCUGCCACUCUCACCUUCUCCUCCAAUGAGUUUUGAGAAGGGAGAGUGGAGAGAGGACACGAGGAGUAUGCAAUUGAGAUUCUCCCAUAGCCAGUAUGGGUGGAGAGGGUGUAUGAAGUCUUCUUGCCCCGUGGGUCACCUCCACUAAAAGGGUCCCCUUUAACAUACUCCACCUGGUUUCUGCAUUCCUCAAACCUGCAAUGUUAGUUAGUUAUUCUCACCGCUUCAGUCACAAUUCCACAUACACCCAACAGUAGGAUAUGGGAUCUGCUUGGUUACGUAAUAUCAUGAGAAAAGCUGUAGAGAAUCCUUGGACAAACUGUUUUGAUUAUCUCAUAUGAUGCUAUCAGUCCAUUGACAUGUGGGGUGUCAGUCAUGUCAUAUAAUUUCCCCUUCUCUCUAGAGAUCAGCUGCUUCACAUGUCACAGUUGUAGCGUGUAUAACAGGGGAUAUAUAACCUCUGGAAUACACACCUAAGGUUGGUAAUUGAUGGGUCCUCUUUGAUGUGUGAACGUAAGCUAGGGCAUGAGAGAAAGAUUCCGAUUUCCUGUGAUAUCGGUUCUGACCAAGUCUAGAUACAUUUCCAGAAAGUGUAUCGUCGAUUCCCGUGGUCUUCUUGAAUAUAUAAGUGAAAAUGUAUAUCACGAAGAACUACAAGUUAGGCAUUAUAAUAACACAAGGGUAAAUCCAUUUGAAUUCAAUCACUUUUUGACAGCACCCUUUUGAUUUGAACAAAACCUUCCAUACAUAUUAGCCCAUUUUAGAAGUGUUCAGAAAGUGACUUUCAUGACCUGAAUGCCAAAACAUUCAAGAGAUAAAGGUGCUCAAAGUUGAACCCCACCAUAUCAUAGUUGUAGACCCUACCAUACCAUGAGACAUCCAUGUCUUCAUCACUGGAAAAGAUAAACGUUUGAGAUUGGUAUAAUUUAAAAGCUUACAAACAGGGUUGUCAAACUAUUAUAAUUUAUUGAAAUAUACCCUGUAUUCAAGAGAAUGUUGUGUCUCAACCGAUGACGGGCACAACACAAACACCUCAGAUGUAAAGUAGGGUCUAAGCUACAACAUACAGUGCCUUGCAAAAGUAUUCAUCCCCCUUGGCGUUUUUUCCUAUUUUGUUGCAUUACAACCUGUAAUUUAAAUGUAUUUUUAUUUGGAUUUCAUGUAAUGGACAUACACAAAAUAGUCCAAAUUGGUGAAUUGAAAUGAAAAAAUAACGGAAAAGUGGUGUGUGCGUAUGUAUUCACCCCCUUUGCUAUGAAUCCCCUAAAUAAGAUCUGGUGCAACCAAUUACCUUCAGAAGUCACAUAAUUAGUUAGAUUGCACACAGGUGGACUUUAUUUAAGUGUCACAUGAUCUGUCACAUGAUCUCAGUAUAUAUACACCUGUUCUGAAAGGCCCCAGAGUCUGCAACACCACUAAGCAAGGGGCACCACCAAGCAAGCGGCACCAUGAAGACCAAGGAGCUCUACAAACGGGUCAGGGACAAAGUUGUGGAGAAGUACAGAUCAGGGUUGGCUUAUAAAAAAAUAUCAGAAACUUUGAACAUCCCACGGAGCACCAUUAAAUCCAUUAUAAAAAAAUUGAAAUAAUAUGGCACCACAGCAAACCUGCCAAGAGAGGGCCGCCCACCAAAACUCACGGACCAGGCAAGGAGGGCAUUAAUCAGAGAGGCAACAAAGAGAUCAAAGAUAACCCUGAAGGAGUUGCAAAGCUCCACAGCGGAGAUUGGAGUAUCUGUCCAUAGGACUACUUUAAGCUGUACACUCCACAGAGCUGGGCUUUAUGGAAGAGUGACCAGAAAAAACCAUUGCUUAAAGAAAAAAAUAAGCAAACACAAAAGGCAUGUUGGAGACUCCCCAAACAUAUGGAAGAAGGUACUCUGGUCAGAUGAGACUAAAAUUGAGCUUUUUGGCCAUCAAGGAAAACUCUAUGUCUGGCGCAUCACCCCGAGAACACCAUCCCCACAGUGAAGCAUGGUGGUGGCAGCAUCAUGCUGUGGGGAUGUUUUUCAUCGGCAGGGACUGGGAAACUGGUCAGAAUUGAAGGAAUGAUGGAUGGCGCUAAAUACAGGGAAAUUCUUGAGGGAAACCUGUUUCAGUCUUCCAGAGAUUUGAGACUGGGAUGGAGGUUCACCUUCCAGCAGGACAAUGACCCUAAGCAUACUGCUAAAGCAACACUUGAGUGGUUUAAGGGGAAACAUUUACAUGUCUUGGAAUGGCCUAGUCAAAGCCCAGACCUCAAUCCAAUUGAGAAUCUGUGGUAUGACUUAAAGAUUGCUGUACACCAGCGGAACCCAUCCAACUUGAAGGAGCUGGAGCAGUUUUGCCUUGAAGAAUAGGCAAAAAUCCCAGUGGCUAGAUGUGCCAAGCUUAUAGAGACAUACCCCAAGAGACUUGCAGCUGGAAUUGCACGUUCAAGUUUUCUGUUUUUUUGUCUUAUUUCUUGUUUGUUCCACAAGAACAAAUAUUUUUCAUCUUCAAAGUGGUAUGCAUGUUGUGUAAAUCAAAUGAUACAAACCCCCAAAAAAUCCAUUUUAAUUUCAGGUUGUAAGGCAACAAAAUAGGAAAAAUGACAAGGGGGGUGAAUACUUUCGCAAGCCACUGUAUGUGAAUAUGAAAUAAAUUGGGGUUUACGCGUUUUUUGAUAAUUUACAUUGAAGGUAAAAGUCAUAAUUAAAAAACAACAGAUUUUUCAAGCAAUUAUUAAAUAGUUUGACAACCCUGUCUGUUAGCUUUUAAAUGAUAUCAAACUCAACCGUUUAUCUUUUCCAGUGAUGUCUCAUGGUAUGGUGGGGUAUGCAAAAUGGGUCAACUUUGAACACCUCUAUCUCCUGAAUGUUUUGACAUUCAGGUCCAAAACGUCACUUUCUGACCAUGUCUUCCAUGGGCAAACAUGUAUGGAAAGUUUGGUUUAAAUCAAUGGGGAUGCUGUCAAAAAGUGUUUGCAUUCAAAUGGAUCUACCCACAGGUAAUAGUGUUAUAAGUGUGUGAAUCAGUCAGCUUUUCACUUUUCGCUGCUAUGUGCCACAAUAGCUAGUGAAUAGGAGACAUUCUAGAACCGUUGGUCAUUUUAUCAAUGGAACAGGAUUGCUACAUGUGAUGUUUCUCUGCCCUUGUCAUGCAAAAUGUGUGUGAGGAAAUGGUACAGACAUUUGAGAAGCAUGGAAUGUAUUGUUUUGCUGUGGUUCAUUUCAAGCCAAGAAUAUGCUAAAUUGUGUCAGUGAUUCUGACAAUGAUUAAGUCUGUGUUUUCUACUAUGAGUGACGAAAACUUCUCCGUUCAUUGUAUGUUUUUUAACUCUCUCUCUCUCUCUCUCUCUCUCUCUCUCUCUCUCUCCAGUCGCAGCCCAGACAAUAUUCACCCACUUCAGUGGCACAGGUUGCUGUGAAUCCAGCACAAUUUGAGGUAACAUUACUACACACUCUUCCUUAACCCCUCUUCUCUCAUUCUCUCUCACCCUGUCCCUCUCUCCUUUUCCCUCUCUCUGUCUCACACACCUCUUCCUCCUCUUCCUCUGCCCAGCCUUCACCUUCUUUUCUUUGGGAUAGGUCCCAGUUUCUGAUCUGGCUUCCAGUUUAUUUGACCCUUGGCCCCUUCUUUGGGCGAUGCUUGGUAUUGUUAAUGUCUUUCCUGUUUCGACAGAGUAGUGCUGCCCAGUGUGUUCCAGUCUGUGUUAUUACCAUAAAACCAUAAAGGAUAGGGAAAACAAUUUAGCAAGAUUAUAUAGAAAAAGAAAACUCCCCUCUUCCUCCCAUUCAGGCAAAGGAUUGGUCACACCCAAAUGUUCAGGGAGUGGAACAAUGGCUUUAGAAUGAAAUAUAGGCUUAUGUUAUUCAGCUCAUUUGAUUUUGUAAAUGCUUCCAACUAGAAUGUUUUAAACAUAUCCUGAAUUAUUCUAUACAUUUCUAAUAGGCUUGGUAUUUUGUGUUUAUUAUGUGCUUGGCUUUAUUGAGGGACAUUUUUUUAAAUUCUUGACUCUGUAAAGGUGAUGACCUCCAGACAUAAUUUCACACCAGUGUUGUUAUGUUGUCUCCCAUUCAGGAAAUGGGCUGUUAAAAUAGGUUGUUAAGAAUAAGAAAAUCCAAUGCAUUUUUGGAUCCAGGGGACAGUAUUUCUGGAUCCGGGGGGACAGUAUUUCUGGAUCCGGGGGGACAGUAUUUCUAGGUUUCAGGAAGGCAGUAGUGAUGCACUUGGCCAUCAGCAACAGUCAAUGUCUUCCCUACUACUGCCGAGUGGCGCAGUGGUCUAAGGCACUGCAUCGCAGUGCUCUGUCGUAGCCGGCCGCGACCAGGAGACCCAUGGGGCGGCGCACAAUUGGCCCAGGGUAGGGGAGGGAAUGUCCGGCAGGGAUGUAGCUCAGUUGGUAGAGCAUGGCGUUUGCAAUGCCAGGGUUGUGGGUUCGAUUCCCACGGGGGGCCAGUAUGAAAAAUACAAAAAAUAAUGUAUGCACUCACUAACUGUAAGUCGCUCUGGAUAAGAGCAUCUGCUAAAUGACUAAAAAUGUACUGUCAGUUCAAAAGCUCUAUGCUAAACAGUAGCACUGUUUUAGUUGCUUUCUCUCCAGAAAAUAGAAAGAUGAACUACAGAGAAUGCCUAUAGUCAGCACACAUUGCACAGCAUCUUCUUUAACUGGUUUCCAGCCCAAUAUUUAUAGGGCCUACAGAUUGGACAAACUGUUCCUUUGUUUGAAUUUCGUUUUUUGUUGUUGUGGGGUUGGGCGGGCAGUGGGGGAACUGAAAGUAAAAAAAUUAAAAUAAAAGGGUUUUAAUCAACGUGUAACCAAAGUUUACAACCUUGAUUUAGGUGUUUUGGUAGGUCGUUGACCACUCAGGACAAAGGAAUUACCGAACUGGUUUCCAUAGAGAAGUUGUAUCAGUUCCCUGAAUCGCUUUCCUGAAUCUAUUCCAAAAUUCCUCUCUCCUAUGCCCAAACAAUGCCAUGGUGACAGCAAAGGGCAGAGAUGCCAACCUGAGGUGGCGUAUUCACAUGUCCCCCAACUCCAUGACAACACAACAUAAAAUGCAACCUAUUCUGGUGUCUGACUCCGCGUGAAACCCAGGAAGAGUGAAAAUUCCUUUGGCUUGUGAAGCUGUGACAGACUGUUUGCUACGUAGGAAAGCUACUCAGGUUUCACUUGUAUCAAAUGCAUGCACUGCAUACCUAUGUAGAGAUUUAUGCAUACGCACACGGUUAUGUAUAGGACUAUAUGCAUCUGUACAUACUCUGCCGUAUGGUAAUCAUUUUUACUUUCCAAAAUUUUUUGUUCUUGUCAGUCAUUUGUUAGUUUUUUGAGGGGAAAGCGUCACUAGGCACAGAAUGAUAUAGAUAAGCAAUUGGAUAACGCAAGCUGAAAGGAAUCAAAUGUGACCGAGCCAAUCACAAUCCUUGUUGCAUUACAGAGUGCAUCUGCCGCCUCAACCAUGGCUACGAAGCCAGGUGGAGCCAUGGGUGGAGCCACAGGAAGUGGUGUCGCAGCGGGAGGAAGUCCUACUACAGCCGGGACAAUGCAGAGAGGAACGGCCAAAGUGAUGAUGCCAGAGGUAGACUGGUUACUGUGUCUAUGGAGAUUCUCGUGGGACAAUCAUGGCUUAUUCUGACAUUCUUAACUCUCUUCCCAAAUGCAUUCCCAUGGGUGUAGUGUACACUCUGUUAAAUGGAAUCUCACUCUUCUACUCUUUAUUCUCACCUGCAACCCUUCAGUCACAAGCUCUUUACAUCUGCUUGGGCUCUCUGCCAUUGACUCCUUCACAGCUUGGCCAUCACUCUUCACUAUGACCGCAAUGAGCUUAUUGAUUGACUGAGCUUUUUUACAUGCUGGAGAAUGGGAUUAGGGCUCUUCACUGUCUAUUGGAGAUGUGCGUAACAUGUUGUUGGCUGGUUUUUGUUUUUCCUAACCACAUUUCCAUAAUGUGUUCUACACCUGCUUCUUGGUUUGUAGACGGCACUUGUCUCUCCUAACACUGCGGCAGCAGGUGCUACUAUUAUUGACAUACCAACACCUGGGACCAGAGGCAGUCCUAAAGACACCCCAAAGGUAACGCCAAACACCCCUCCCCUAAAUAUAGUAAUGGUUUCAUCCUCUGGCCGUUGUAUGACCUGUUAAUAGUCUGAAUGACUGCUGGGUUUCAGAUUCCGGGUAGAUGUUGCCCGUAGGCACAGAUCUAGGAUCAGCUUACCUUCUCUAAAUGCCUAACUUAACCAAUAUGGGAAGUGAAUGCAAAACUGACCCUAGUUUAGUGUCUAGGGCCAACUUUACCUUACUUUACCCCCUAGAUUUUAAUAACCCCUGCACCUCACACUCACUGGACCCCCAUUCACCUUUACAUAUUUGAAUUUAAAGGGUGUCAAUACAUUGAAUCUGCUCUGUUUGUGUUGUAUCCAUUGAGUUUUAAGUCAUUCCUCUUAAUUAUAGACUGCACCCAUGCAACCUGCCAAAGCUACACCUCCUACCCCUGGAGGAGUAAAUAUUGUAGGAGUGGCGGCGACACCGUGGAAAGCUGAAGUACCGAAGCUCAAAGAGUCUCCGAAACAGACAGCCACGGUAGAUGGCAGACAGUCGAUGAGUGUGGUGCGGCGCCUCUUUCUCCUCCAUCUUUAUUCUUUGCCCGGCCUAGCUCUCUUUAACCUCACUCUCCCUUUCAACACUCUCUUCCUGCGUCAUUAUUCCAUGUCUUCUUCGUCAUCAUCAGACCUUGAGGUUUUAGUCAUUCUCUUUGUCUCCAUAUUCUUCCACACCUUUAUAUCCUCCAUUUUCUCUCUGCCGAUAUACUUCAAAACGUAUCUCUGCUUUGGACUUCCUUAGUUUUGGCCUGGAGGUGUCUGUGUGUCUAACUGGGAAUUGAACGUGCUCUCAAGCUCUAAUGUGACUGAGUCUUACCAGCAUGCCCACACUUGUGUUACGCUCGACACGUCAAAACAAACCAUGUCUGUCAAGUCUGACACAUCAACACAGAGAAGGCACAAUAUAUUUCCACCUUUGCUUUUUCGUCUGGUUGCUUCGCACCACAUCUUGUAUUGCUUUCUGAGUAUUGCUUCCAGCUUUGCGUACCUGGUUUAGGUUGAUGGAGUCCUGUUCAUGUAUUUCUGUUUCGCUGUACCCUCUUUGAAACCCUAUGGCAGUGCUUACCACCGUCCUAUUACUUUUCUUAACAGUGACGACAAAUGACAAAUUCUGAUUAGGUACUUAUCUGAUUAGGUACUUAUGCCUUUCCUUUAUCAUUACCUAUGGGAGAUAAGGUGUUAACUAUCGUCCUAUCACUCUACUAAACUUUGACUAAGAUUAUGCGCAGCUCUCUGAGCUCUGCUCUACACCUAGUCUAAUGGAAUGAGCCAUAUGCAUUUGUAGAGUGUGCCCACCACAUCAAGCAAAGCUGACAUGGGUAAAAAGGAUCCUGCUAUGUUGCCUCAGGCUGUUUCUGCAGGCGGUGCCGCGGCUUGAGGCGCCUCUUUGAAGGGUCCAGAGACCAAGGUAGACUCCGGAUUACUUUUGGAUAUUAACUACGCUGUAGUAGAAGACGACUCUUGGGGGUGGGGCUAUCCCUGGUGUUAGGGGGUUAUCAUUGAUCACUUCCCUGUGUCUUCCUCAUUCUUUCUCUGUUUUCACACGAUGUAACCAUGAAUUAUAACAGUGGAAGCAGUGAGGAAGGUUUACUGUACCAUUCUAUAUUUAAUUUGACUACAGGAAAAAGAGAGUGCUUUUUGCUCCUGCGUGACUACUACCUAUGUGGGUUUGUUUGAAUUGAACCCACAACCACCCAGAAGCUCAGUUGGGCACAGGAUCUGAGCAGUAUCACAUAUAGUAGCCCAGUGUUGUAUUCACUAACCUCUCCUGCUCUGGGUUGCAGGUACAGGUGGAGGUAGGUCCCCCGGCAGCCAAGACAGCCAAAGCGGUAAAUAAUAGAUCUAUGUUUUCUCUCUAUGUGGGUUUUAUAUUGCACAAAAAUGAAUGGCAUGGAGUUGCGUUGCUCGUGUUUGAGUUGUGUCGCAUCAUGUGUAGGAGCUUGCUGCGGACCCCUUCGAUGCCCUGGCUGAUUUCUUGCCCUCGUCAGAGCCUCUCCCCGCUGCAGGCCCUGUAUACACCGGGCCAGAGGUGAUAGAGGUACAGCACCCUCACAUAGUGUGUGUGUGCGCACGGUGCGAGUUGAAUAGAUGUGUGUGUGUGUGUGUGUGUCCACCCAGUCACCAAAUGUAACAGUGUGUGUUAUUGCAUGUGUCACACAGCAUGGCUUGACCCAUCAGGAAGCAGUUAUAUGUGGGGGGAACAACUGCCCACUGCCCCCAGCAUACCGAUUUGAGGACAUGGUCAGUCCCUAACUCUUAAUCACCCUUCUCCUCCAGUCUUCUUCCUCCUCCUCCUCAUCAUAAUCAUCAUCAUCAUCACUUCUGUUGCUGUUAGAGAACUUUGAGUUUGUGUGUCUUUAGCUUUGCACCGCAGUGCUCUCUUUGACAUGACACAUUUGACUGAAACUCUUGGUCAUCAGGUCUCCUAGCCCCUAGCCUAUCCCUGGACACUUGUGUAGUUCGGAGAUGACUUGAUAGGCGUAAGCAAUAUGGCCAAAUGUCCACCAAGCUGAUCAGAGAACAAGAUGGAGCUACUACCAUAUGUAUGCAAUUCUUUCAGAUCUAAAUGCUAGGGUCAGGGCUAGGGUUAGUUUCUGGACCAGGCUGGAAAAGCCUGUGUAUAGUUACCGCCCUUGAAUCAUCUUUUGUCAUUCUUUUCAGAACAUGAUCAGAUUCUAUUUAAAUCUAGGCAUACUCAACUAUGUAAUUAAUGAACUUUUAAAAUGGUUUUCAUUUUCAUAGGCCCCUGUUGCAGAUGUCAAGCCAAAGGAUGUCCCGGUAAGUCAUUGUAUUAACUGCCAGGCAAUGCACUGUAUGCUGUGGCGAAAACACAGAGAUAUUGACUCCCCCUCUCCUUUCCUCUUUCUCUCUCCUUCUCUCUCUCAAUCUUUCUCACAUACACAAACGGACUCACACAUGCACGCGCACACACACUGAACGAAAUAAACCGUAGGCGUGAUUCCCUGGUCUCUUCUGACAGUGUUGGUUACCUCUACAGUGUGGAAUGUUGCAUUGCACUGAGGGAUGUUGGCUCUGCAAACAACAAUAGACCCAUCUCAACCAGCAGGUUCUAGUUGUGCCAAACCCUAUUACACACACACACACACACACAUACACACACACACACACACACACACACACACACACACACACUAACAGAGGAUUUAUAGUCAACACACAAUCACUCAUUACUCGUUUUACAUUUUUACAUUUUAGUCAUUUAGCAGACGCUCUUAUCCAGAGCGACUUACAGUUAGUGAGUGCAUACAUUUGAGUGCAUACACACCUAUUCACCCAUACACACCUACACAAACAUACUGUAUACAGGCCGUUCUACCAAUUUGGUGCUUUUUGAGAAGUGUAACUUGGUCCCCAAAAAUGUUUGAUUUGACCUAAUUUUAACAAUCUGUCAUAAAGAGCACAUGUUCAACUUCAUAGAAAACUCAUUUUCCCAUCUCGAGGUAAAAAAAAUAUAUAUAUAUAUAUAUAUAUAUAUAUAUAUAUAUAUUAAGUGCCUAUUAAUAGAUGGUAAGGGACUUUGAGCGGUUCUGGACCGGUUCCGACUGAUAUUUUGGUGUACAAAGCACUCUGUGAACGCUGUAGGGUCCUGUGCCUUAUAAUGCCAGAAAGCCCCAUCUGUCUGCUCCCUGCUACCACUCUCUUAGUGCAGCUGACUUUAAGUUUCCGGCUUUCAGACCCCACAUUUGCAUAGGGAGAGAUGUGUCACAUAUUCUGGCCUAUCCAGACAAAUAAUUGAUUCAUUCUUCCUCUGAGCGAAUGAGCCCGGCCUGUGAGACGGCAUAUGAACGGUGACAGUCUAGCGGAUCCAGGCGUUGUGGUUUCAUCUCACUGUGAUAUUCUCAGCCGGAUUUAAAGCCCUCAACAUGAAAAAAUACUAAAAAGUUUCAUAGAAUUGAAACAAUACCACUUUCUUUUGGUCACAGACAGACGAAAUUGUGCUUAAAGCUGAAGUUGCAACAUGCCCUGUACACAUUUGAAUGGUGUCUCUGCGCCGCUCAGUGGACGUUUAGGAUAAAAUUAUCUGUUAAAUGCAAGCUUUACAAAAACAAUGCAAUUGUUAAACAAAAAGUGCCUGUCUAUCUAUUGGUAACAGGUUUGACGUGUUACAAAACAACCAGACCAUGGCCAAAAAGAGUAGAACCAGCUCACCUGCUUUUACACUAUGAUUUGUCUAUUAGAUGUUCAAUGUUUCUUUUGCAAAAAAAUAUUUUAAAAGGAAUAGUUUCACCAUAUUAAAACGAGAAUUCAGUUCACAUAACAGGGUUGACCUUAAAAUGAGGGACAGAUGUAAAUUAAUCACUAAUCACAUGAAAUAAAUAAUAAUCUUCAGAAAAGACUUUGUAAAAGCAACAAAUUAACUAGGGCUGUAUGAUGUUGGUGAAACUUGGCAAAAGUUUGUGGUUAAGUGGGUUAAAAUCUUAGACACAGGGUUGACGUUGGGACUAGUCAAAAUGCAGAAUUUUGGUAUAUUGAAUUCUUCAGAUUGAUUUAAUUAUUCAUGUGGUCUAUAUUAAAGGUCACUUCAUUUAAUAUAACAGGCUUUUAAAAUUCAAUAUUGGUGCACAAUUUCUACUUUAAAUAUUAAAGGGACGCAAAAGACACCCAUUUCUUGGAACAACCCAUACACACACUUAUUCACCCUCUGUCCCAACUUUGGGCCACACCUUGUUUUGCACUGUAGUUCUCUCUGUUGUAUACCUCUGCUUCUAAGAACUUCUUUGGAUAUGAGGCAAACUCUUUUACCCAUCAAAUAUGUUGUCAAAAGUGAGUUGUCUAAAAUUGCCCAUUGGUUAUGUGUUGGUUUUUGUAAUACAACUGACGCUCUAAACCUGAUGCUAAGUAAAGGGAGUCUGCUCAGAGUCGUUUGCCGAGUGCUUGGUUGUGAGUAAGAUCCUAGGGAAUGUGAUGGGUGUGUCAGUACUUUUCCUUCUGGUCUGCCACACAUGGUCUACAUUAUUCUGCAGUCUUUCAUUUGAGUUAGUCUAAAGCGCCAUCUAGUGGUGUAUUAUGAAGACACAACUUUUACUGGAAUCCUUUGUGUAUUACAAUGCUUUGUUUGUUUACUUCUAUCAGAAACCCAUGAGCACAGAUGAUGCUCUGGACUCCCUCUCCGUUGGGUUCACGACCUCUACUGCUCCCAUCCCUCAGAAACAGGAGAAGGUGAGACUGCACUAUUUACAGGUUAUAAUCACUUAGAGGCCAUUUUCCCUGAAACAUACAUUGGGUAACAGGAUUAUUAUUAGUCCCAUAGUCUUUUGGGUGAGACCGCGGUCCUGACUCUUCCAUGUUAAUAUAUGAUAGUGAUACUGUGAAUAAGAAGUGAGGUGUCAUUAUAAACCGAUGACAUUUAAUCUAUUAACAGAAAGUGGAGGACUUGGCUGCCAUUGAUGCCUUGUCUGCUGGCUUCUCCAACUUCGCUCCACCUCCAACCGCUCCUGUCAAGGUAAAUGAAGAGUGAUGAUAUUUCACUUGAAUCCUCCAUUGUAAAACUGUAUUGUAAAAUAAAUUAGCAUGACAUGGUAAACUGUUAUGAACACUAAUGUCAGGUUAUGUCUCCGGGACCACCCAUACGUAAAAAUGUAUGCGCACAACUGUAAGUCGCUUUGGAUAAAAGCGUCUGCUAAAUGGCGUAUUAUUAUUAUUAUGUCAAUUGACAUAACAUGGUCAUAAUGACACCUAGCAACAUUUUGGCUAGCUUGUCGGACUGCUAACUCGCUAGCCACCUACUGGUUAUUAUGUGAUGGUUCUGAUGAAUAGCCUGCCCUGCAUACUGCUGCAUACAACAUGACAGUGUCAUGUAAUUUUGACGUACACCGAUGUCGGCAGUAAUAGCUUAUGACAACUGUUAUGUAAAGGUAAGCUGCUGUGAAGCUGCUGUGAAGACAGCUUUAUAGUGAAUGGUUCAAGUGAGCUUUUACCAAAGGGUUUCCCCUCUUCCUCUCAACUAGAACCCAAUAAACAGUAUUCAACGGAAUCAAAUAAUCUCUCUCCUCCAUUCCAGAAAGCUGAGUUUAAGUCUACUGUUGUGACCAAGUCUGCUGCUCCCACCGCAGACAUGAAAGCUAAGGUGGAAAAGGUAAAUACCACCAAAGAAAGCAGGUCCUACGUCAUGAUCACACAUUAAUAAGCCAUGCGUAACAAUGUAAUGAGCCCUACAUAGACACUGACAAACAUUCAUUUCCAAUGUUAUAUUGGGUAUUUCAUCAUUGCAUCCUGUCAUGCUUUGUGGUGGGUUGGGUACUGUACUGUGUCAGCAAAAAAAAAGAAUUACAUGCGAAAUAUCUAUUCCGUGUAAUACUUCUGUCUGGUUAUGAAGCUGUUAUCUAUUUACAUUUAUUUGUGUUUCAGUUGGCUGACUCCCCACUGGACACCAAGCCUAAGACAGAUAAGGUUUGUCAUAGGAGGGAUACAGUUUCAAUCUAACCAGUGAAAUACUGUUACUUUUGUACUAUGCAUCAUCCAAUGUGCUUGUUGAUCAUUUUAUCUACCCCCUCUCUGUCCCCCUCUCUGUAUCUGUCCCCCUUUCUCUGUCUGUAUUUCUUUCUUCAUGUCCCUCUCUGUCCCCCUCUCUGUAUCUGUCCCCCUUUCUCUGUCUGUAUUUCUUUCUUCAUGUCCCUCUCUGUCCCCCUCUCUGUAUCUGUCCCCCUUUCUCUGUCUGUAUUUCUUUCUUCAUGUCCCUCUCUGUAUCUGUCCCCCUUUCUCUGUCUGUAUUUCUUUCUUCAUGUCCCUCUCUGUCCCCCUCUCUGUAUCUGUCCCCCUUUCUCUGUCUGUAUUUCUUUCUUCAUGUCCCUCUCUGUCCCCCUCUCUGUAUCUGUUUCCCUUUCUCUGUCUGUAUUUCUUUCUUCAUGUCCCUCUCUGGCCCUCUCUGUGUCUGUGUGUCUCCAGGGUAUGUCCCUGGAUGCCCUCAGUGCUCUGGGAGACACUCUGGCUGCUCCAGAACCAGCGCCUGAACCUCCCAAGAUCAGACCUGAGGACAUUGUCACGGUACCCACACUGACUUGUAUUCCGUCUGUGCUACAUUUGUGUGUGCGCAUAGCGUGCGUACGUGUGUGUAAAACAUUUUUGUGCACAUUUCUGUUCUGCAGGAGGGCAAACUGACAUCAGAGGCGGCUGUGUUUGUGGGUGAGAGGGACGACACUCUCCCACCAGAGUACAGGUUCAGAAAGGACAAAGGCAAAGACCUGCCUCCUCCCAAGAAAGAGGUGAGUCAUCAAACGCCUCAUGUCCCACUAUCAUCACACCUAUAGUAAAUACCAGUGGCGACCUCCAAAGGGAUCUAAUGUUAUAGUAUACUGAGAUUUGAGUCACAGUACUCAUACUUCUCCCCAUCUCUACUCUGUUUUCUCUCUCUCUCUCAUUCUCCAGCCCUCCAUGGACUCUGGUGAGGCUCUGGACAUCCUGUCAGGUGACUUCAUGUCUUCCUCUGUGGCUCCAGCUGUCCAGGCUCCUGUCCUCUGCCCCCCAGCUCCUCCCACACAGGUGAACAACACCCUCUAUCAUUGGUCUUUCACUUAUCUAACCAUCCCCUAAUUGGUCAACUCUGUUAUGAAUCGAAUUACCCCUCCAAUACUUUCAUUUUCUAUGGGUCUGUUGGUAAUCUUCUAAGUGAAAGUCAUUCCAAUGCCAUUACUUUAGGGCUAUCAUAAUAUGGCAUGUCAGUAAGAAUCAACUGAUAUUGCAGAAAGUGGGUUGUCAUCAAUGCUCAUGGCAUGAUAUAACAGGCAUUUUGUCAAUCUUAUGACAGCCUUAUGAAGGCAUUAUAAGCUGUAAGUAUGUGAGUCUAUCUCUCCCAGGCCAAAAUAGAUGAAUUAUCAGCCCUGGAUGCCUUGGCUGGAGACUUUGUGGCCCCUACUAAGGCCUCUGCUGUCCAGGCCCCCGUGUUGCCUCACCUCGACAAACCCCCACAGGUAAACUCACUGAGGUGUUUGUAUAUUUUGAGUUUGUCCUGUAGUUUAGUUAUGUGGUGUGUGUGUGCGUUCAUUGUAUUCAAAUCAUAUAGUUUGUGUUUGUGUGUGUGUGUGUAUGUACAAGUGCUUGUGUAGGCAUGUGUGUACCUUGUGUAUUGCCGACUGUCGGGUCAUGGUGCGUGUGUGCAUGCAUAAGCAUAUGUACAGUAUACCUCGUGGACUGUCAGGUCAUAUCAUGUGUAUGUGUUUUGCCCCUGCUUCCUGUCUAUAGAUAGCCAUCUGUACAUUUGACCUUGAAGCCCCCAACAUGGCCACUACUAAACCCGCAGCACCUACUAAACCCGCAGCACCUACUAAACCCGCAGCACCUACUAAAACCGCAGCACCUACUAAAACCACCACUGAUGAGGUAACCAUGCUACCUGUAGACACAGGGGAAAUCUAAGGCGCAGGAAGAUACAGUAAGAGACUCAACUGAAGAAAAAAGUCCCUGCACACAGCUAAUCCCUCUCUCUCUGUGUGUGUCUCCAGGGUAUGUCCCUGGAUGCUCUCAGUGCUCUGGGAGACACUCUGGCUGCUUCAGAACCAGCGCCUGAACCUCCCAAGAUCAGACCUGAGGACAUUGUCACGGUAUACAUACACUGAAAAUAAAGUGACCCUAUUCUAUUCUAUUCUUACAAUGACUAGCUUAUAGUGCAGUACAUCGUGUAUCAGUCCCUGUGAUCCUUUAAAAAAAAUGAUAUAAUUCAUUUCAACUCUGCUUGUGUGUGUGUAUACACGUGUGUUUAUGUGUGUGUGUUUUUGUGUGUGUGAUGUGUAGGAGGGCAAACUGACAUCAGAGGCGGGUGUGUUUGUGGGUGAGAGGGACGACACUCUCCCACCAGAGUACAGGUUCACAAAGGACAAAGGCAAAGACCUGCCUCCUCCCAAGAAAGAGGUGAGCCUCAUAUACGCAAAGCGCAAGUCAUUGGGAGAUAAAUAAAAAGACUGAUUAUGUUUCACCAUGAGAAGAACUAAUAAAAACGAAGAAGAAAUCAUAACUACAGCUCUCCUCCCUCUCCUCUCCCGUCCGCUCCUCCCCUCUCUCCAGCCCUCCAUGGACUCUGGUGAGGCUCUGGACAUCCUGUCAGGUGACUUCAUGUCUUCCUCUGUGGCUCCAGCAGUCCAGGCUCCUGUCCUCUGCCCCCCAGCUCUUCCAAAACAGGUGAACAACACCCUCCACCAUUGGUCACUCACUUAUCAAACCAUCCAGUGAUUGGUCUGCUCUGUAUAAAUCUAUGACCAGCCAAUAAGUGUUUUUAUGUCUGGUUGCUUUAAGUGGCUCCUAGUUUUUCAUCGGUAACAGAACAGCUCACUUAACAUAUACAUGCCUUGCUCUUACUUUUUCCCUCCGUCUCUCCUCUCCUCCUCUGUGUCUGUAGACCACAGAUGACUUUGCCUUGGAUGCCCUGGCAGGGGAAUUUGUAGCCCCAGCUGUUGCCCCUGCAGUCAAAUCUGCUGCUAACCGCCAGGUACUGACACACACAGACACACACACACACACACUUAAUGUGAGAUUAUUGUUGUCCUAUGCCUAAUUCAUAUUUAGUGGCUCAGUCAGAUCCCCAUUGUCAGCAGUGACAUGUAACCGUGUGUGUGUGUGUGCGCGCGUGUGUGUGUAGCUGUCUACAGGGACGGUAGAUGCUCUGGAUGCCUUGUCAGACACCCUGAUGGACAUGACUCCUAUCCCAGAGCCUGUUCCCGUCUCAAUUAAGGACAUUGUCAAGGUACUUAUAAAGGGUGAUAUGAAGGCUUCAUUAAGCCUACACAAGAUGUAUUUAGUUUAAAGUGUGACCAACUGGAAAUUCACUCUGUUGCAACACAACUGUUGAAGGCUAUUCCUUGGUAAAGAAAUAAGCCUUACCUCACUGCAGCGAAACCUUUAGCAUUUAUUAUGAGCUAAUGCUAAUGCUAUCUGUUAUUUCACCCGAGUCUGCUCUCUGCUUAUUCUAGGAGAAGAAGAUCAUGGAGGAGAGGCUUAUCAAGAUGGGGGAGAGAGAUGACAGCCUUCCAGCUGAGUACCGGACCACAGAGGAAGACCUAAAGGUAACAUAUACAAGGUUAUAGUAGGAAAUAAAAGGGGUAAUCCUUAAAAUGCUAACGUAAUGUGCUGAUGAUAAAGUAAAUGCUAACGCUAAUAUGUGGUGAAUGCAAUACACCAAAUAAAAUGGUACUAAAUGGCCCGUACAUUAUUUUACACUCUUCUACAUACGUGAACGUUCCACAAUAACACAUAAGUAAUACUGUACAAUUCUGCCCACUUUCGUAUUUUGUUUUUAUAUUGGAUUAGGACUAAAUAGUUAACAGUAUAUCCAGUGCUGUGAAAAAGUAUUUGUCCCCUUUCAAAUGUUCUCUACUUUGGCAUAUUUUUCAUACUGAAUGUUAUCAGAUCUUCAACCAAAACCUAAUAUUAGAUAAAGGGAGCCUGAGUGAACAAAUUACACAACAAUUACAUACUUCUUUCAUUUAUUUCAUAAACAAAGUUAUGCAACACCCAAUGCCCCUGUGUGAAAAAGUAAUUGCUCCCUUACACUCAAUGACUGGUUGUGCGAACUUUAGUUGCGCUUCCUGUAGUUGUUGAUCAGUAUCUCACGUCGCUGUGGAGGAAUUUUGGCCAACUCUUCCAUGCAGAACUGCUUUAACUCAGCGACAUUUGUGGGUUUUCAAGCAUGAACUGCCUGUUUCAAGUCCUGCCAGAACAUCUCAAUUGGGAUUAGGUCUGGACUUUGACUAGGCCCUUCCAAAACUUCAAAUGUGUUGCUUUUGGAUCAUUGUCUUGCUGCAUGACCCAGCUGCACUUCAGCUUCAGCUCACAGACGGAUGGUCUGACAUUCUCCUGUAGAAUUUUCUGAUACAAAGCAGAAUUCAUGGUUCCUUCUAUUAAGGCAGGUUGUCCAGGUCCUGAGGCAGCAAAGCAUCCCCAAACCAUCACACUACCACCACCAUGCUUGACCGUUGGUAUGAGGUUCCUACUGUGGAAAGCAGUGUUUAGUUUUCAGAAGACAUAAUGGGACCCAUCUGGUCCAAAAAGUUGGUUCAAGUUUGCCAAAAAGCACCUGGAUGCACCUGGAUGUUCAUCAAGACUCUUGGAAGAAUGUUAUAUGGACAGGCGGCAGGUAGCUUAGGGGGUAAGAGCGUUGUGCCAGUAAUCGAAAGGUCGCUGGUUCUGAGCCGACUAGGUGACAAAUCUGUCGAUGUGCCCUUAAGCAAGGCACUUAACCCUAAUUGCUCCUGUAAGUCGCUCUGGAUAAGAGCGUCUGCUAAAUGACUAAAAUGUAAAAUGUAAUGUCAAAAGUAUAACUUUUUGGAUGGUUUGGGGAUACUUUGCUGCAUUUGUGUGCAGUCAUUGCAGCUAAAGGUGGCACAACCAGUUAUUGAGUGUUAGGGAGCAAUUACUUUUUCACACACGGGAAUUGGGUGUUGCAUAACUUUGUUAAUUAAAUAAAUAAAAUAAGUAUGAUUUGUAAACUCAGGUUCCCUUUAUCUAAUAUUAGGUUUUGGUUGAAGAUCUGAUAACAUUCAGUAUAAAGAAAAAAUACAGAAAAUCAGAAAGGUGCAAAUACCGAGUUUGGGAAACACUAAUAUAGGGUGUAAGCAAGGCUGUAUAUUUAAUAAGGUUUUGUGUAUUUUCUCCUCACAGGCAAUGGCAGAGGCCAAAGUCCAGGCUGAUGUUAGACCCAAGCAGGUGAGGUUUCUGUCCAAUUGUAUCUAUAAGCGUACAGAUCAGUCGUAUUCAAUGUCAUACUGUGUUGAACACAGUGCAACUCAUAAAAGUAAUGUUGAAUUCAUGUAAACCGUAUGUACACUGCUGACCAUCUUCCUCCUUCCUUACAGCCAUCUAUGGAUGACAGCAAUGCCCUCGACCUCUUGUCUAGCGACUUCUCUUCCUCAGCUGGUCCUGCUGCAACCUCAGUAGUGGUGACAACAAAGCAGACACAGCCCAGUCUGGAGGUACGUACAUAGGGCCCGAUUCAGACUUAGGAAAUCGAUGCCUUUUUGACGCUUUGUGAUUUAAGCACUUCUCAGUAGUUGGUAUUCAGACUCACCGAAUGCAGGUGCGUAACCCACUCUGCAGGUGUGGAUCCCUUGCACACUCUCUGCAUUUGAGGUUACUAAGCACAUGAAACUGGUCCGCGAAAUUCUUAAUAUAUUUAGCUCAGACUCCAUGUCAUCAUCAGAUAAAACCUUGUGUGCCUCUGCUACUCUACCGUAGCCUCUCUUUCACACAGGUACAUGUUCAUUUUCUUUUUUGUCAAUGUACCUCUUCAGUGUCAUUCAGUCUAUUUUUCCAUCACUUGCUGCUGCUCAAAUGGACUUCUUCCUUUCUCUCAGUUCAUUGGCUGCUCUCUCAAGAACCUCAAAGGGGUCUGCUUGUUUUACAUUUGUAUACACAGAGCUUGAUGUCUGCUCUGUAACAAUAAAAACAAUAUAUAUAUUUUUAAUUUAACCUUUAUUUAACUAGGCAAGUCAGUUAAGAACAAAUUCUUAUUUAAAAUUACGGCCUACACCGGCCAAACCCGGACGACGCUGGGCCAAUUGUGUGCCGCCCUAUGGGACUCCCAAUCACGGCCGGUUGUGAUACAGCCUGGAAUCGAACCAGGGGGUCUGUAGUGACGCCUCAAGCACUGUGAUGCAGUGCCUUAGACCGCUGCGCCACUCGGGAGCCCAACAGAACUUGAGUUCAUAUGCAUGACACAUUGCAAAAAUACUUAUGCAUAAAACUGACAAAAUGUAAUCAUAAUUUGUAUGGGGUAUGGUGGCCAUUGGCUCAAACAUUUUGACUAUAUUAGCUCAAACAGCUACAAGGAUGCACUUUCAUGCUAGGUUUAGGACCUCAUAUUGUAGCUUAUAGACAGUGGUGGGAAAAGUAUCAAAUUGUCAUACAAAACUAAAGAUGCCUUAAUAGAAAAUGACUCAAGUAAAAGUCACCCAGUAAAAUUGUACUUGAGUAUGAGUCUAAAACUAUUUGGUUUAAAAUAUAUUUAAGAAUCAAAAGUAAAUGUAAUUACUAAAAUAUACUUAAGUAUCAAAUGUAAAAGUAUAAAUCAUUUCAAAUUGCUUAUUAAGCAAACCAGACGGCACCAUUUUCUUGUUUUUUAAAUUUACGGAUAGCCAGAGGCACACUCCAACAUUCAGACAUAAUUUACAAACUAAGCAUGUGUGUUUAGUGAGUCCGCCAGAUCAGAGGCAGUAGGGAUGACCAGGGAUGUUCUAUUGAUAAGUGUGUGAAUUGGACCAUUUCCCUGUCCUGCUAAGCAUUCAAAAUGUAACGAGUACUUUUGGGUGUCAAGGAAAAUGUAUGGAGUAAAACAAUAUUUUCUUAAGAACUGUAAAGUAAAAGUAGUCACAAGAUAUAAAUAGUAAAGUAAAGUAAAGUACAGAUACCCAAAAAAACUACUUAAGUAGUACUUUAAAGUAUUUCUACUUAAGUACUUUGCACCACUGCUUAUAGAGACCACAACUGAUGUAUAAAUCAAUCUUAAAACAAUCUACUUAGGUUUAGAUACAAGCAUCAUGACACCUAUAACACAAUACAUUCAUUUGACUUUGUGAAAAUCAGUUUUUGCUUACCACUUUUUCCAUGUGGUUUCUUCUUUCACAGACUCUUUCACAUGACUUCUUCCUAAAUAUUUAGUCACAUUAUUAAUUUUGUGUAUGGUUUCCUGGAAACAAGGGGUGGCUCAACUAACCCUUUGGCUCAAUUUACCCCACUCUCUCCUACAUUUAUCUAAAGCCAUCCCUUUAAAUACGGUGUACCUUAAGAAUGUUGUUGAAAGAUUCACUAGACUAGAAAAUAUAGAGAACGGGUUCAGAAUAUUGGGGAUCAAUAAAAGAAAGCCAUCUAAAUAUAUGCAUAUUCGUCUUUGUUUCAGGACCAAUUGGUAGAUUUAAAAAUACUCUGAUCUUGUAGAUUAUUUAGGGUUUAGGAAAGUAUUUAAAACUGGUUUGGAGAGCCUUUAGGCACUAUUAAUGGUAAUUAAUAUUAACAGAACAUGCAAGUCGAGGAUGCAACGAUGUGCGGUCCUUCUUACCUAAUUCAGAUGCGCACUUUGAAGAUGUUAGACUAACUGUCCACAUUUACCUUUCCUCAGCCAACAAGACGAAUAACGAACAGCAAAGUCACUAGCCUAUGUCAAUCUAAAAUCCUCCAUAGUAGAAAGGUUAACCUAUUCUAUUGGUCAGCUUGUCGAGAAAGAAAUAGCCUAUUCCAAACAGACUCUGGGACAGUUGUGGGAAAAUGGAUCCCAAAUUCAUACAACCAGUAGGCCUAGGCUACAUAUAUUUUUUUUUAAGCAAUGAGUCUGAUACAACAGAUCAGAAAGUUUAGCUUAAAAUAUUGAUAAACGAUUAUUUCUUCACAUUAUAGGCGCAGCAGUGCGCACAAGGCUGUAGGCUAUGCGUGAAUGUUUGUUCCAUAAUGCAAUUAGUUGUCAAAACCGAACCGCACAUCAAAUCAAAUGUUAUUUGUCACAUGCACUGAAUACAACAGGUGUAGACCUUACCGUGAAAUGCUUACUUACAAGCCCUUAACCAACAAUGCAGUUUUAAGAAAAUAGAGUUAUUGAUAUCAUGUUUUUAUAGUGUAAUGAUGUCAUGUCAUAGUAUCGUGGGGAACAGGUUAGAGUUACUAGAUAAGUGGUUAGGAGACAGAAAGUCUACAUUCCAUUAUGCCAAAGGAGAUUACUGAUGUUUAUGGUAGUAUGAUUGAUAGACAGGAUAUAAUGACCUGGGGCAAAGGGUAAUAACAACAGAGAAAGGGAGUGCUAUGAUGGCUGCCAGAUGUAUGUGAAAGGGAGUAUAACCAAGAGUAUAAAGGAGGUUAGAUUUGUAUGUGUGGGCAGUUCAACUGACGAAGGGCAAAGCCAUGUCCGUUUGUUAGAUGAACCUACGAGCUCGUGAUCCAAUAAAAACUUGGUAUAAAAUCUCCACAGAAUGUCUAAGUAAAUUCUUGCAUCUUGAACUUCUCAAUACCAGAAACUCAUCAUAACAGAAAAUAUUUACUAAAUAAACUAAAGUUUAAAAAAGUAACACAAUAAAAUAACAAUAAUUAAGCUAUAUACAGCGGGUACCGGUACCGUCAAUGUGCGGGGGUACAGGUUAGUCGAGGUAAUUUGUACAUGUAGGUCAAUGCAAAUAGUCCAGGUGGCCAUUUGAUUAAUUGUUCAGCAGUCUUAUGGCUUGGGGGUAGAAGCUGUUAAGGAGCCUUUUGGACCUAGACUUGGCACUCCAGUACCGCUUGCCGUGCAGUAGCAGAGAGAACAGUCAAUGACUUGGGUGACUGGAUCCGAGCAGUUUCAUGUGACGGAGACAAAAAUAUCUGUUUAAAAUUUAGAAAGAGGGGAGGUCUAAUAUGCAACAACUAGCAUGGGUUGCUAAUAUGACUAGGAUUGUGCCUUUGGCUACUGGACAAUGAAAGAAAGUUGAUAUAAAAUAAUUGCCUCAACGGAUAUGGUCUGAUUUUGGCUAGGCUACUUUGAAGCAAGGUAAGACAUGCCUCAUAAUAUGUAGUAUCACGUUCAGGCUUCAAACAAUUAAGUAUAUGUUUUCAAAAUGUAUACUGCCUUCAGCUCAUUGCAAAGUGGUGUGUGACGCGCUGAUGAAGCCUGCCUUCCCUUGCCUCUGUAUUUGCUGUUUGAGAUGCUGUAGUAGCAGCUCUUGUGCUGUCUGACAGAUUUACCGCUCAAAGGCUCUGUAUGCUGUAGGCAUGUGAUAAAUAAGAUACAUAACGAAUAUACUGUACACACGUGCAAAUUUAAUUCCACAACAUUAUGCAAAUUAACCUACAGCGAUAAGCAUGACCAGUCAAAUGUAUGUCCAGACUGGUAUUUCCAUCAAUGAAUGGGCUAAAAAACAUUAUUAUUUCGCAAUGGGAUUUGUUCCUUCUUCUCCCGGACAAUUGGCCGUCGGCAAUUUUUAUUUAUCGCUUUUCUAUUUUUUUUGUAUCGGCCAAAAGCCGGCUACUUGGAUCUCCAAAUUUAAUCCCCGCAAAUUACGAGGACAUACAAUUACAAUUCUGAAAAACGGCACAGCUAUUUAUAGCCUACUUCACUGUGGAAAAGGGGCCGAAAUACAUGAUGCUGAUAUGAUUUUCAGUUUGCUUCCAUAUGACUGGUUUCACAUUAGUCUCCAGUGAUCAUGAGGAAAAAUCAUAUCAAACAAUUGCUAUUUGUAUUAACAAUCCCCAUUCUCCAAAUGGAUUACUCAUUAUCCUAGCGCUUAUCAAUUUAUAAAUUACAGUGCAUGGAGAAUGGUGUUAUUUCUAUCGAAAAAAGGAAAGUUGAGGUUUUUCCACUUGGAACACUUCAGAAGACACCUCUGCCACUCCUCCAUUUCUGUGAUCUCCACCCCAAAAGUAUAGCUGGCUGGCACGUGCGUUCCCCCAUGCUGAAGUUCAAGGUCAGAAUAAGCGCAGAGAGAAAAGUGCAUAAAAAGGGAAUUAAGUUCCAUUUACACGUGCGUAACUCAGGUCUGAAUUCCUCCCAUACUGCAGACUGACAAACGAACACCAAAGUGAGUCUCCGAUUAGGAAUGCUGAUCUAGGGUCAGUUUUGCCGUUUGGAUCAUAAUGAAUAACAUUAUAUAGACAGGACAUCAGCACCUACACUGAGAUGCUUUUUGAAUACAGGCCCUGAGAUGUUUUGUUGGUUGGCAGGUUUAUGAAUUGGCUGGCUGUUUGUGUUUCUCUGUCUAGCCCAUGUCUGGCCCUGUUCUGGAUGACCUGGCAGGCACCCUGCUCCCAGAUGCCCCUGAGUUCAAAUCCAAAGGAGACAAGCCAAAGGUGAGCAGGGUAUCUAGCAGCAACAUGGUCUCAUUAGAAUAUGUCAAAAGAGUGACAUUUAACCAUUGUAGUUACAUAUCUCUGAAGCUGACAUAUUAUGCCCCAAAACAUUCAACAUAUUUCUAAUGAGAUCUGCUAGUAUAUGAAGACAACAGUGGAGGCUGAUGGGAAGAGCGGUAGGAGGAUGGGCUCAAUGUAAUGGCUGGAAUGGAAUAAAUGGAACAGUAUCAAACAUAUGGAAACCGCAUGUUUGACUCCGUUCCAUUAAUUCCAUUCCACCCAUUACAAUGAGCCCAUCCUCCUAUAGCUCCUCCCACCAGCCUCCACUGGAAGACUAACUUUCCAUUGAUUCUCUGGUUAUGGAGAAACAGAUAUGGUUGUUGAUUGUCUUACAGUGCCCUCUAGUCUUAUCGAGAUGUAUUACAAGUCUCCCGUAUCACUUUACCAUAGCGCUCCCUGAAGUUGUAUCCACACUGAACAAGGUGUCAAUUUUGUUUAUUGCAGAGCAACAGCAAGUCACGGUCUAAGUCAAAGGUAAGAAAACUAUACCUUGAGAAAACCUGAAUGAAAUUAGAUCCUAAUAAUCAUUUGAGAUACAUGCCCAUAUUCAUGUGAUAUUAUAUAAAUGUCCGCUAAUUGACUUGACCUUUGGUCUCAGAAACAACAGGAGGAGGACCCAUCAGCCAUAGACCACCUGUCUGGAAAGCUGAGUUCAGACGUAGUGCCAGGAUCCAAAAAUAAGGGUGGCAAGAGCUAG